GUAGUUCAAAGCCGAAUAAUUUUUUACAAACAAUGAAGUGAACAAAACAAUAAAAAUUUGUAUUGAUUUUUCCUAAUAAAGCCAUAACUCUGAUAAAAUGUUCUGUUGCCUGAAAAAUUGUGUUAAUGGUUUCUCACUGACUCCUAGUGUCCCAAUCCGAGUGAAGGAAAAUCCGAUACAACUGGACACACUUCAUAUGGGACAUGAAGUGGUGAUAGUGAAGGGUGGUCAAAGAGCAUGUGGCUCAGGCUGUGUUUUGGGAAGUGCUCCUUUGGUCCAGAAUAAGGCCUACUUUGAAGUGAAGUUGCAGCAAGGAGGAGUGUGGGCUGUUGGGCUUGCUACCCGAGAGACAGACAUUAACAAAGUGCAUGGUGGUGUGGAUAAAGAAUCCUGGUGUUUGAACAGUGAUGGUACAGUGAGGCACGACAAUGUGGAACUGUAUCAAUUGAAACCAGCUCCCGGAGAGUCUCCAACCACUGAAAUACUGGUUUCAACUGGUUCCUCAGAUCAUAUAGAUGAUAAACAGGAUAAAGAUGAAGAAAUCAAUACUAUUAUGCCAGUUGAAGGUGAUGUUAUAGGCCUAGCUUACGACCAUGUCGAGUUGAAUUUCUUCUUAAAUGGUAAAAAUAUGGAAAUACCUGUGCGGAGUGUUCGAGGGACGGUUUAUCCUGCAUUAUAUGUUGACGAUGGUGCCAUAUUGGAUAUAAUACUGGACAAUUUCCGAUACCCCCCGCCCACGGGAUAUGAGAAGAUAAUGGUGGAACAGUCGCUCCUCUAACAAAAGGAUCUCAAAUGUAAUGCUUAGUUGUGCGUGGACACUGGCUUGUGUGAUGUUUACCUGUGCGAAUGUCGUUAUGAAAGUCUGCGGUAUUUAUGCUAUAAAUUAUAAUCUAUUCUAUAUAUUUAAUAUCCUAACUGUAUUAUAUAAAAACAACUAACUUGAAUAUUCUAUUAUAUCUAUACUAGUUUAAAAAACUAUGAUCUAUUUUUUUAGUAACGAACAUGAUAAAAUUGUAAAUAUAUUAAUUGUUCUAGAUUUUGUUUGGGUACACAAAUCUUCCAAUGCAACAAACUACAGAAACUUGAUAUAUAAUAGAUAUUAACUUCUUAUAAUUCCUAUUUUUUGUUGUUAUAUAAUAAUAAUCCACUAAAAUAUAGAAAUAAGUUUCAAAGUUAUAGUUUCAUAUAAAUUAU